CUUCACGACAACUUCCAACGACAUUCCCGCCCUUCAUCACACACCACCGUCGCAAUGGGUAGGGUUAUUAGGAACCAGCGUAAAGGUCGCGGCUCGAUCUUCACGGCCAACACCCGUUUGAACAAGGCCCCCGCCCAGUUCAGAACCCUCGACUACGCCGAGCGCAAUGGCUACAUUCGAGGUGUCGUAAAGGAGAUCGUUCACGACUCCGGUCGUGGCGCUCCCCUUGCUAAGGUCGUCUUCCGCAACCCAUACCGAUUCAAGCAUGACGUCCAGACCUUCAUCGCCAACGAGGGCAUGUACACUGGCCAGUUCAUCUACGCCGGAAAGCACGCCAACUUGACCAUCGGCAACGUCCUCCCCCUCGCCUCCGUCCCCGAGGGUACCGUCCUCUCCAACGUCGAGGACAAGUCUGGUGACCGCGGUGCGCUCGGCCGUACCUCCGGAAACUACGUGACCGUCAUUGGCCACAACCCCGACGAGGGCAAGACCCGUGUCAAGCUCCCCUCCGGUGCCAAGAAGGUCCUCCCCAGCUCUGCCCGUGGCAUGGUUGGUAUCGUCGCAGGAGGAGGCCGAACAGACAAGCCUCUCCUCAAGGCCUCGCGAGCCAAGCAUAAGUUCGCCGCCAAGCGCAACAGCUGGCCCAAGACUCGUGGUGUUGCCAUGAACCCCGUCGACCAUCCUCACGGUGGUGGUAACCAUCAACAUAUUGGUAAAGCAUCCACCAUCUCCCGGGAGGCAGCACAGGGUCAAAAGGCCGGUCUCAUCGCGGCCAGGAGGACGGGUCUUCUCCGCGGUACCCAGAAGACCAAGGAUUAGACGGUUCACUCACGCAGUGCUGCUCGUGGCGGUGCUGGUGGUGGACGGUGGUAGUUUGGUAGCAGCGACGACAAACGACGACGACCCUAAAGGUGUGACGACUACAAAGCAACGAACCGGAAGUCGAGCGAUGCAUGCCGCUGCUUUAGGCCCAGUUUCCGUUUUCAAACCACGGACUGGCAAAGGAGGGGGGCCGGCGUUCAUGAAACUUCUCUACCUUUAUACACUCUCCAAAGAUGAAGCUUUUCCUUUCGGCUCUAGGUGCAUUCAAUUGUGAAUUUAACGGUGGGGGAGUGGCCCUGGAAACGGGGAAAUGCGAAUCAAAAAAGG